AUGGCCUCCAAGCGCGGGUAUGCAAUCGAAAGAGUUCGAGAGUGCGAAUUUGGCGCAAAUAUUGACACUUCGUCUGCAGAAGAGGUAGUACCUCCGGUAACAAGCUGAAGAUGACCCUCGGUCUGCCAGUGUACGUCCACCUCGCUCGAAUCGCUUACGAUGCGCCCUCAUGCCAAUCCCAAUGAUCAAGAGAAGAAAGAUGUGAAAAUACUGAUAUCUGCAAUAGCGGUGCGGUCAUGAACUGCUGCGACAACUCCGGCGCCCGUAACCUCUACAUCAUCUCCGUCAAGGGCUUCGGUGCUCGCCUGAACCGUCUACCAGCUGGUGGUGUCGGCGACAUGGUCAUGGCGACUGUCAAGAAGGGAAAGCCAGAGCUGCGGAAGAAGGUCAUGCCCGCCGUCAUCGUACGACAGAGCAAGCCAUGGCGGAGAGCAGACGGUGUCUACCUGUACUUCGAAGACAACGCGGGAGUCAUCGUCAACCCGAAGGGUGAAAUGAAGGGCUCGGCCAUCACGGGGCCUGUGGGUAAGGAGGCUGCGGAGCUUUGGCCGGUAAGUUGAAGAUGAGCCCAAAUUGGGUAUAUGUCAGGUGGAUUGAGGCGCUAACCAACAAUCACAGCGUAUCGCUUCCAACUCUGGCGUGGUGAUGUGA